AUGAUUGCGCCUAACUCAGCAACACCAGGAGAUAACUGCUGUCGAUAUUACAUCACCAUUUUCUACAAUGGACUAACCGGAUAUUUUGAUAGAAUUGUUGCCAGAAAUGGAUGCAACUGUAAAUUACCCUCACCUGCAGUUGAUGUCAAAACUAAAAUAGAUCUUAAACGAGACGAAAAGAAAAUUCUCGUGGCAAACAGACAUAGACCACUCCUGACGUUUCUAUCCGAUGAUGUUAUGAUAAGCAAGGACUUAUUUACUGAUGAAAUUAGACGUGUACCGACAGUAUUUUCAAGAUAUUCAGAUAUCCCUUUGUUAACAAGUAGGUACGAUAUGCAGGAUAAGGAAAUAGAUUUUAUGUCCGAUUACAGCUACUCCUUGUGUAGAUGUGUAAGCAAGGACAUUUUUGGAACUGAAAAUGAAUUUGAACUUGUAAUGAAGGAAAUUGUGAAUGAAAUUCGUAAAGAGCCUCACUUAUAUGGUAAAUUUAUGCGAUGGGACAAGGACGAAACAGAAAAUGAAGAAUUUUUGAAAAAUUUUACAUCAAGAAAAAGAAAGAAACUAGACUUCUUCAAGAGGCAGACGACUGUUGAAAAGGAACAAGCACUUUUUUAUGCUAAUCGAAUAGAGGAUGGAAUGGAAAUGGAAGAUUUAGAACUCCUUGCAAUAGCCACAUGUUUCCAGGUUCCAGUAUUCGUAAUUUGCGUUGAAGAAGACAAAGGAAUAAUUUCAACAUCCUGGAAGGAAUUUACACAGCUAAGAAGAAAGCACAGACCGAAACACAUUAGAAAUAUUGCACGAGAACAUUGUUGUAAUAAAGAUGGCGAUGGCUUUAGCAAAUUUUUUAUAAUGGUGUAUAGAACUUUUUCAGGACAUUUUCAUCGAAUAGUCAAAAAAAAUAAAAUUUGCAAUUGUUUGAUAGACCAACCUACAGUACCGGAAAUUGAAUACCACAGAGUAAGCAGAGCAGAUGAAAAUAUCUUUGCAAAAAUGAGGAGUAUAGAGAACAGACUCAGCCCUUGA